AUGUUUUUACCAAUCAAUACUCAAAGUACUCAAUUGUCAGAAUAUUAGGAACAUACUUGAAUGUAAAUGAUUGCCUGGAUGGGUUGAAGGGACAGAAAUUGCAUGACAUUUCACUCCAGAUUACUUAAACUAGAAAUGAGAUUUUAAAAUAGAUGCAAUAGUCAACGAAUAGAAAGAGGGUAUUGGCUGAAGAGAUGAGUUAGAAUGUUGAUGAGUUCUUAGAGGCUGUAUGAUGUAUCCAAAAUAUGAGUUUAGAAACAUUCAAUAAGCAAGCGUUUUCAGAAAUAAGUCUUUAAUUUGAUUGACUCUAAGAAGAUUGAACAAGAGUGUGAACAACAUAAGAUUGAAUGUGUCGAAACAAAUGAAGUUAAAGAUGACUUUAAGUAAUUGCACGAUUUGAUUAAAUCCACAUUUUGUAAGUGAUUAUGCAUUUUAAUG